CACACACACACACACACACACACACAUACGCAGCAAAAUAAAAGUGAGGGUCCAUGAGUUAAGCGAACAGAAAGGAGACAGACACCUUUAAGACAACAAGAUAAAAUACUGAAGCCAAUCAAGCUGACGAUGAUGAUGAUGAUGAUGAAGAACCCCGUCAUUCUGGUGACCUGUGCCUUACUUCUCUCAUCUCUUGCUGUCCUGGCACAUCAAGGCAGCUUUGGGCCAAAUGAGUGCUGUUUUCAGUUUGUCUCUUCACGGCUGCGUAAAGACAGGGUGCUGAGCUACGAAUACACAGACAAGCGGUGUUCAAUGGAGGGUGUCUUCUUUACGAUGAGGAAUGGUGCUCAGAUGUGUGCCGACCCAGCUCUGCAGUGGGUCAAGAGCCUCAUCAAGGCCAAAGAGAAGUUCCCAUCCAACUGACCCCAUGUGUGGUUUAACCCUCACUGAGCCGAGCCGAUUUAACUUCACGACUUUCUCUAUUUUUAAGGUUUUUCUAUUAGCUUAAACAUGAAUGUAAAAUGAACGAAUAUCAAAUGGCUUCUUUUUUCACUAUCUGUUCUUUUGUCAAUUCAAAUUUGGUUUCAAUUGAUGUAAAGAAAUAUUGUUUUCUGAUGUAAUAAGAUUAAAAAAAUCCUUUUCUCUUUGUUUUAAUUCACCGUGUAUGCAAACUCUGAUCAGAAAUAAUGUCAUUCUUCACUGUUGUUUAGGCUAUUAAACUGUAGUGACACUUUAGAGUCAAUGUGGUUUUUGGCAGUGAAAGCCACAGCAAACUCAGAUGUACACCACAGGCUUGGCGUAAAUAAUCACAUUUAACUCUUUAGAGUCUAAAGAGUUAAAACUAUAUCUAUAGAUAUAUCCCCCCCCCCCCAAACUAAAUUGUGUACAAUGCAUGUAGAUGGGGGUCCCCGUCCGUCUCUCUUUCAGGUGAGUGGGUCCCUGCGAGAGAGACGCUCUUAUUUGCAGUUUGUGUGACGCACCUAUACAACCAGCAGAUGUCCUUCUUCUCGCUUUUCUCUUUUCUCUGACAUUCUGUACUUUUAAAUGUUUCAUAUUAGUUUCCAAAGCCAAGUUUUUAUUGCUCUGUGUCAACUGCAGCAAGAAUGAGGAAUUGUUUAAUCUAAUUUUAAUUGCACUCAUUAGAGCGGCUCGGUGAGAGCAUGUUUGAUGAAUCUCAACUCUUUUUAUCAGCAUAAUCAUGUGUGAUAUUGAGAGUUAUGUACCAAGUCAAAUGUAACAACUUCAUGCCCUCCCAGAUGGCUUCUAUCUGGGGUCAAAGCUAAAAUUAAACACACUUGAGUUUAA